ACGGAAUUACAACUAUAAGAUCCUUCCAUUCCAUUCCUGUCUAACCAGCUUAUAUUCUCCAUCUUCUCCCAUUUUCGUUUUUGUGCUCUUUCUUUACUCCACAAGGUACAGUAUCAGUCUCAACAAUGGCCACAUGGUCUCAACUACCCACGGAACUCCUAAACCUAAUCUCAAAACACCUUAAUUCCGAAACCGAUCUUCUCCGAUUCCGAUCCGUCUGUUCUUCAUGGCGUUCCUCUCUCUCCCCCGAAACCACCCAUCCAACUCCUUCCCGUUUCCCGAUUCUUCCAAACGAUGGAAUUUCAGACACCAGUUGGGGUUUCUAUCUCUCCAAACGAACCAUUUUCCGCCUCGGAUUGCCCCAACCCAGUGGCCAAACACUACCCUCCGACGCCUGGUUGAUCAAGCUAGAACAGGACGUUCCUCAUCGGAUGCACCUUUUGAAUCCUCUCUCCAGAUUCGAAUUCAAACCACUGCCCACAAAUUUCCCCAGAAUUCUCGAUCACUCCAAAUUUAGGGUUUCUGAAUUAGGGCACGAGUAUGUUCUUCAGCACAUAAAUUAUCGGCCUUUUGCGAAUUCGAUCGGUGAUGCGGGCAAUCUGUAUAUGGAAAAGGUGGCAUUGCAUUCGCUGGUUGAUGGGUUUGUGUUGUUGACAAUACAUGUUUCUGGGAGACUAGUUUUGUUCAAGUCUGGUGACCCUAAAUGGACUGUCAUUAGCGAAUUGACUUCGCCUUAUGAUGAUGUGAUACUCUUUGAAGGGCAGUUCUAUGCUGUGGACAGUACGGGAAGGACUGUGGUUGUUGAUGUUGAUUCGUCUCCGAGUGUGAGUUUGGUUGCGAAUUCGGUUUUUGGUGGGGACAAGAAGCUCUUGGUGGAGUCAUGUGGUGAUUUGUUGUUGGUUGAUAUGUAUUUGAGUUUGGGACCUGAAGAUGAUUUGGGUAACGUUGAGGGUUUUGAAGGAUUGGAGGGUGAUGAAUUCAAUUGCUAUAUUAUUGAGAGGACGGUUCGGUUUAAAGUUUUCAAGUUUGAUAGAGACGGACAGAGGUGGGUUGAGUUGAAAAGUUUGGGGGAUCAAAUGUUGUUUUUGGGUGAUAAUUGCACUUUCUCGGUGUCAACUUCUGAUUUUCCUGGAUGUGUAGGGAAUUGCAUACUCUUUACAGAUAAUUCCUUGGAGGGGGGAGAUAAUGUAAUGAAGACUCGUGGUAUGGGUGUGUUUGAUUUAGAGAGAGCUAGUAUUGAGCCCUUAGCAGAUUGUCCGGGUAUCUCCAAGCUGUUUUGGCCACCUCCGGAAUGGGUAUCUUCAACUAUGUUGGUAGUGGAGUUAAAUCAAUUGGAUGUAUAAAUUUAUCAAAGAGUCCCAUCUAACCGAGGGGGGCAUGAAUAACCAUUGCAAAGGCAUUGGAUGGAUGUCGGUCCAUGAUCUUCGUGUGUGGUCGUAAUUGAUGCAUUUAUCUUGUAAACUUUUUUUUUUUUUUUUGAAUGGUUUUAUCUUGUAAACUUUGAUAUUCAGUUGCUAGUUAAUUUCAGUGGAUCUAAUUUGGGCCUGAAA